CAGAUACCAAAUGAGGAAUAUAUGUCAGAUCAUUUAUUCUCUUCUAUGUGCCUUUUUUCUUUAUACACAUGUAAUAUUUAUAGAGAUAGUGAAUAAUUGUGGUCUGAUGAAUAUUAAGUACACAAUUAGGUAUACGGUAUAAAGUAUUAAGUAAGGGCGGACUGACACACAGAAAUCCCCGAGUUCAAUAGGAACCUGCUUUCUGUCUGCUCUUAAAAAAAAGGGUACAAAUUUAUAGAAUUUUUUUUUCUUAUAGUUUUUCUUUCUUUCUUUUUUUCUAAGAAAAAAAAAGUACUCAAGAAAAAUGGAUACUGUACUGUACUAUUGCGAUGAAUACCUGUUUGAUGGCCUUUAUGCCAAAUUAUUUCCUUCAUAUACAAGACAUGUUGCAGGCAAACUGAUUUCUUCCUGGCCUCGCGAUGAUGUAUGGCGUGCGUCCCUUUCCCUUUUUCUUAUCACUUCCUUUUUCGGCUGGAUAUUGUAUUUUGUUACUGCCACUCUUUCAUAUUAUUUUGUUUUCGAUCAUUCAUAUAAAAACCAUCCCAAGUUUCUCAAGAACCAAGUUCGUAUGGAAAUUGAAUGUGCCACAAACGCUAUUCCCUGGAUGACCUUGCUUACCUUGCCAUGGUUCUUGGGUGAAGUGUUUGGAAAAUCCAUGUUGUAUGGUGGUAUGCCCAAGUCUUUGUCUGAAUGGGCAUACAUCGUCAUUUCUGUCCCUGUAUUUUUAUUUUUUACAGAUUGCGGUAUUUAUUGGUUCCAUCGUUGGAUGCAUCACCCUUCUGUUUAUAAAUAUUUGCACAAGCUUCAUCAUAAAUGGAUUAUCCCUACACCUUUUGCCUCUCAUGCCUUCAAUCCCUUUGACGGUUACAUUCAAUCACUUCCUUACCACAUGUAUGCAUUCUUGAUUCCUAUGCACAAGUUCCAAUAUCUCUUUAUGUUUUGCUUUGUUAACUUUUGGACAGUCAUGAUUCAUGAUGGUGAAUUUAUUUCUCAUUCCGAAAUCAUCAAUACCAGUGCACAUCAUUUUGUUCACCAUGUCUAUUUCAACUACAAUUAUGGUCAAUACUUUACUUUCUGGGACAGAGUUGGUGGUUCUCACCGUCAACCAACAGAUGAACAAUACGACAAAGCUCUCCGUGAUGACCAUAAAGUGAUGGCCCGUCAAGCCCAUGAUGCAGACACCAUUGAAAAUGCCACACUCAGUGAUAAACUGAAAACCCUUUAAAAAGAGAGAAAAAGAGAGACACAAAUUAGAUCAUUUUGUUGUUGUACAUAGACUAAUCAUUUUUUAAAGUACCUCAAUCAUAAUUCAAACAUUUUCCCCCUUAUUUCUCUCCUUUUCUUUUACUAUCUUAUUUAAUUAUUUCAUAUCCAUCUUAUUUUAUAUAGAAAAGAAAAGUUCUUUUCUCUUUUUCUUUAGCCUACAAUAAUAAUAAACAGCCUAAAUGGGGCAUCUAAUACUUUAAUAAAGUGUAAUUUUAACUUUAAA